UUUUUUUUUUUUUUUGGAAUGUGUAAUUAUUAGUGCUGUCAUUCGAUUAAAAAAAUAAUCGAAUUAAUUGCAGGAUUUUGUAAUUUAUUAACCGAAUUAAUCGCAUUUUUAUGUCAUAUCUGCUAAAGGUCUCCUGAUAAAGAAUUUGAGUUCUAGGGUAUUAAAAAAUUGUAGUGCAUGACUAAUCAAUUGAAUACAGUAAGAAGAGAAGAACUGUGCUUCAUAAAUUAAAUCCAAAAGUAAAGGUCAGGCACAUCCGCAAUUCAGUUAGGCUCAGGUGCAUUAUUCAAAAACAAAUACAGCAAUGCAGUGAAAUAAAUAAAAUAAAGCUGUCUUCAAAAAUGUAAAACAAACAUCAAUACAGUUAAAUAAAUAAAAUAAGGCUGUUUUCAAAAAUGUAAAACAAACAUCAAUACAGUUAAAUAAAUAAAAUAAGGCUGUUUUCAAAAAUUUAAUACAAAUACAACGAUUCAGUUAAAUAAAUACAAUUCUGAAAUAAAAUAAGGCUGUCUCAAAUAGGCACUUCAGCUCAAUAUAGCGAUUCCAAAAUGAAUAAUAGAAGUGUAACACGCCUAAAUGAGGCAAAAUGAAGAACCGUUGAAAUUAUUUCAUGUGUUAAAUUGCGGCGUAAUUAAUUCAUUGAAUUAACGCAUUAAAAUGACAGCACUAGUAAUUAUGCAUCUUUUUAAAAAGUUUCUGAACAUGCCAUAAAAAUGAUUACCAUUUACAGUUAGUACCUUAUUUUACCUAACAUUACAUCCAAAUCUCUACUCAGUCCCUGCUACUCAUUAUUCACUGCAACAGUGUGGUCCACUUUAAGUCUGAGCAGAUACUCCUGUGCUCUAAGAGGAUUUACUCUAGACUCUUUGGAACAGCUCUGUCAGCCUAGACUAGCGUCUAGUUGCCCUUCUGUUCCAUGAUUCAUUUCUGCUGCACUCCAAGAAGAACCAGGUCUGGAUCCACUUGUUGGAGUGUCUUCCAUACUUUCUGCUCUGGACACGGCUGGCAGCUGUCAUGUCAGUACCGCUGUCUGCUGGCACAGCACCCAGAUCAUCAAGAUCUGUGGGCCAUGAAGCCCCCAGUCUGGGGGUUUAGAUCAGCUUAAUGUCCCAGUCUGGUCCUAGAUAGGAACUCGCAAAGCUGCAGGGCCUACAUGGAUGCUGCAGUGUCACUUGCAACACUUUGAAUUGCUGUCACCAUGGAUGUAAAAGCACAUUUGACCUCUGAGCGAACUCCUCACCCACUGAAAGUAUCUGUCCCUGGCUGACCUGACAUCAACCAGAAGGAUGGCAACCAGGACUCGAACUAAAAUGACAACAGGGGUUUUGUUUUGGACCCCAGCACCCACCUGUAGCUCACCUACCAGCUCCGUGGGGUCUGAAGAAGAAUGGGAGCACGAAGAUGACUUUGAUACCCAGAUGGAUGAUAACGGCAUCAUUGGGUUGACGGACGCUGUCGGGGCGGCUCGACUCGAGGAUUUCCAUGAUCAGUUGGAUCUUCAAUGUGAGCCCGAUUUCCUCAAGCCGGAGGAGUCAGAUCCUGGUGCGAUAGAUGAGCCUGUGGUCUUUUUUGGGAGGGAGGAUGACUGUCUAGAGAGUGUGGUGAAUAAUGGAGACAAGAACACAGACGAGAUCUUGGGUCCUGCCACAAAAGAUCACUUCCCAACAUGCCACCCUAACCUGAGUCUUCUGGGAGGCCCUGCUGCUCAACACUGUGAUACUGACACUUCUACGCUCACGCCUGCUCAUCCUAAUAUUUCACAUCCAAAGAAGCGUCCUGAACAACCCUCGGUCAUCUCAAGAAUUCCUCACCUACCAACACCCCGGAGUCCUCUUUCAUCCUCCUGUCCUGCCUUUUCCACUUCUAAACCUCACGAGUCAAGAAAGGGGAGCCUCCGGAAACCAAACUUCUCCAAGGUUGAACCCAGAGUCCGCUUCCCGAGAGGUGAUUACAAGCCGCCCAAGAGCAGGCUGAGCUGUGGGAAGAAAUCGCUCUCACCGCAGCCUUUGUUGGAGUGUACGCCCCUUGCUGACUUUGCAACAGAGAGCCUGGUGAAAGGGCCCUGCGACAGACCCGACGGUGGUAAACCGUCCACCACUGUUCCCGACCAGGCCACGACAUUACUGGAGCAGCUCCAGGAAGACUACAACAACCUGCUGAUUAAAUAUGCUGAGGCGGAGAACACUAUUGAUCGUCUGCGUCUGGAAGCCAAGGUGGGCCUCAACUAUAACUUCCCAGCACCAAUUCAGUCCGUGAAGUCUCAAGCAGCCAACGAAACCUCCAAGCUCCUGUCGCUGUGUUUCCCUCAAGCACAAAGAGCCGACGAUGCACUUCAUUCAGUCUCACACUCCAACCAGCAAGGAGCUGGUUCCCCCGAUUCUUCACCCGCCACAAUUGCUCAAGGCCCUCAAUCUCAGCUGGGACGGGAGCUGUCCGACAUACUCUGCGCUCAGGCCGACAAGUUUCUCCAGCAGUUGCAGGUUUUCGAUGACCUUCUGAAGAAGAAAAAGCUCAAAUCUGUGGAUCAGAUCUCGGGUUUCUCCAAACUGCACCAUGGUCUCUCCUCUCUGGAAAGGAGUUACCUUACUGCCAAGAACCAUGAGAAAUCCUUGCAGCAGAUGGGAGAACCAGUCAGCCACUUUGAUCCGGACCGGGAGUUGGAGGAGCUGAUUCUUCUGUGUGGGCAGCACAUGGAUGAGCUGAAGAAGCAGGUGGAGCAGGCCACGCCAACACUGCCCAAGUUAGAGGACACUGUGCUGUUAGCACCUACUUCUCACGCAAAGAACACACGGGAAACUUUCCAUGGUGAUUCACUUGAGUCGACUCCUGAGACAGUGAGCUCUGACGAUGACGAUUUUAGGCUACAAUCUAUCUACCUCAAACCUCCGAAUGGAUAUGAAGAUGAUGAAGAUGUAAACACGCUGUCACACAGCUCUCAGAACCACGACGUCUGGGAAGGAUCUGGCGAGGAAGGAGAAGCCCAUUCAUCUGCAGCUGUCCAGACUGAAAUAGAGUUUGGGCGUGAGGGGAAUGAAGUUGUCAGAUGUUCUGCACACCGUGAUGCAGAGUCCAGGCACAGCGGAAGUGUGCGCCCAAGUGUGGAAAAUUCAGUGGGAAGUGAUUUUAAACCCAAACACUGUGACGACAAGCAACAUACUGGAUGUGUGAAAAUGGAUUCUGAAACGCAAAGCCGGAUUGAAUUUGACCCACGGGACUCAGCUCACACCUCCUCAGCCAAACUGCUAACCAGAAAACCUACCUCUCUGCUACUUGAGGAUUCUGCUUCUCCCUCGAAUCAUCCUCCUGACAGCUGCAAGGAAGCAGAAGCCUUUAAAUCGUCCUGCUGCAGACUGGAUAUGGCUGCGCCACUGAGUCCAAAAACACAAUGUAGAAUAAGAAAGGCCGUUUCCCAGCCGGACGGCGUCAUCUCCCCAGAGACGGACAGUGGGUUUGUGGGUUCAGAUAGCAGUCGACUCAAUCUUGCUACUACUGCUGUUCACCACCAGAAGGUGCCAAAACGUGGCUCUCCAGUCCAUCUGGAGGUUGAGGCACCGGGGACAGUGACGGGGUCAUCUCCAGGCCUUCCCCCUCGUUCCUCUUCAUCCAGCAGAACACGGUCUUCCACCGCAGGCUCUGGAAAAGCCAGGAGAACAGAAAGUCCCAUUUCCUCUCCUUUACAAUGGGCGAAAAAAGCUGGGGUUCUGAGCGACUCCUCUGAGUUUGAGAUGGAGAGUGACCAACCACCCAGCCUUUCUGCUGAUGGUCAGGAUGACCAGUUUCAUGAACGCUUCAUGUUAGGGUGUGUGUCCUCCCAGAGCUCCACCUCCGUCACUCUGCAUCGCCAUGACAAUGUUCUAAAAGCUGUUGGCUGCCAUCAGGUGGAGGACUGCAAAGAUGUGGUUCGCAACCUGCAGGUGGAAGUGGACCGAUUACGGGACAAAAUAAAAAGCUCUCUGAAGCAGACAGGCCAACUCCCUGCUCUGAUGUCUGGCCCGUCGAAAACUUCCACACCGCGUCAAAGGUCUAAAACCAGAUGGAGUGAUACUAGUGGAGAAGAAGUGAGAUUUGAUUGUGAUGAGUCCAAGAUGAAAAGUCCAAGGAAACACACGAGCAAAACCAGAUCACGAUCUGCAUCCAGACUCAAACAGCGACAUCGCAUCAUGAGCUCCUCGGAACAGGAGCUCUCCACCCACCCACUACUGGUGUCAAGAUUCACUCAGACGGGUGCAGCUUCACUCACCGUCUGCAGCAGCAGCCAGACACACAGGCAGGAUCCUCGCGUGUCUGCUGAAGAACUCGAUCGACGGAAAGUUCAAGACCCUCCUUGUCCACGCUGUUUGUGUCAUCUCUCAUCAUGUUUUCAAUGGCCAGAUGGUGGCGGUAGAGAGCCGGCUCGCACCGCCUCUGGUCACUGCCCUCAUUGUGGACAGUGUCAGUAUUCUAAAAGCACUGAGACAGAUGGUCACCCAGGCAGAGAUUCCUCGGGUCACAGCCGGUCCACACCUGCUGGGCCUCAGGACAAAGAGCGACACACUCACGCUCCUCCAUUUGUGCAGUGUGUUCCAGUGUGUCCACCGUCAGUGCUGUUGUACCCGAACCUCCAACCCGUUUUUAUGUCUCCUGCCAGCAAAGGUGACGCUCCCUCAGGGGUCAAAGUUCACCAUGCGUUUAAGAGCAAGAGCGUGAGACGCGCUCCGUCUUCAGGUGAGCAAAGCUUCCUGGAGGACUCUCUGGACCGAGCCGUGCGAGCAGCUCAGAAGAUGAAGCGCAGGUCCAGACACAUUGUGCGUUCUCUGGCUUCGGACCUGCAGCACCAGGACCUGCUGUCUCACUCCUGCUCCUUCUGACCUAGAAGCAACAGAACUGUAAAAGACUCAGGUGACUAAGUGGUGACGAAAGUCAACGUGCUGUGAUGUUACUAGUGUCUUCUGUGAUAGUUAGAUCUCAUGCACUAUUCCCAAAAUCUGAAGAUCAUGUGAUUUAUUUUUCAUUUUAAUGUGCAUUCUACCUUUACACUGUUUUUUUUUAAUUAAAAACUUUGAUUGUAAACUCA